UACUAGGCCAAGCUCUGAUGAUACUCUGCAGUGUUUCUCCUUCUCUGCUAUUUCUCAUUUAUUAUUAGACAUUAGUGAUGAUCUACUGAUGAGGGGUUGUCUGUGUCUCCAGAUAUGUCUGUAAAGAGGGCAACUCCAUUUCCUGUCCGUCAGAUGACAUUUAUGGCUAUCGUUGCCCAGCUGGAUUUUAUUGCCCCACUGGGAGCAGUUUGGAGAUUCCAUGUGACCCGGGGACAUUCAGCCCUAUGGCCGGAGCAAGUACAUGCCUCCCCUGUCCUGCAGGGAGCAGCUGUAUGCAUGUGUCUACAGUGGAGCCCCUCAACUGCCCUCAAGGUAAUUAUUGUCCAGCCAUGACUGCAGCACCAAUCCCAUGUCCGACUGGCACUUUCAACCCUAUGGAGGGAGCCCUGUCAUUGGCUUCAUGUAAACGGUGCCCAGCUGGCAGAUACUGCAGAGGAGAGGCCAACUGGGAGCCUGAUGGCCUGUGCUCAGCUGGAUAUUACUGUGAAGGAGAGGCAACAGACAUCAUCCCUCAGAAAACUGUCCGCUUUCCGCUCAAUGGCCCUUGUCCUCCUGGCCAUUAUUGUCCUGAAGGGACGCCGUCACCAAAACCUUGUCCUAUUGGCACACUGAAUAAUAGCACAGGAGGCUCUUCCUUGGACAGCUGUGUUUCAUGCUAUGCAGGACAUUUCUGUGCCAGUGCUGGGCUGAGUUCGCCGACGGGACUGUGCGCUGCCGGAUUCUACUGCCCAGGAAACUUCACUUCCGCCAGUCCCACUCCGUUUCUGUGUCCUAAGGGCCACUUCUGUCCUUCCGGGUCUUCCCAUCCCAAACCCUGCCCAACUGGACAGUUUCAACCAAACACUGGAUCUCAUUCCUGCACCCUAUGCCAACCAGGAUUCUACUGCCAGGAAGCUGUGGCUGGCCACCCACAGCACUGCCCUCCACACUCCUAUUGUCCUGCUGGGACACUCUAUCCUUUACAAUGCCCAAAUGGGACCUACACACCUGUGGAAAUGAGUGGCCUUAGAGAUAAGGUGGAGUGUCUGCCCUGCCCACCUGGGCAAUACUGCAGGGGAGGAAAACUACAAGGGCCAUGUGCAGCUGGACAUUUCUGUCUGUCUGGCAGUUCAGAAUACUCACCCUACCUGCAGAACUUCAGCCGCAGCACCCUGACUGAGUGCAACUGGGGACAGAUGUGUGCUGGGAUCUGCCCGCCAGGUUUUUAUUGCCAAGAGGGCACUGUGCUGCCUACCCCAUGCCCUGGAAACACAUUGAGGAGUUCCCCUGGAGCCAGGCACAGGAAUGAGUGCGUGCCGUGCCCUCUUGGAUACUGGUGCAAAGAAGGGAGCCCAGUACCAGUGCCAUGUCCGGCUGGCCAUUACUGCAGUGUCCAAAGCUGGACAAAUGCCGGCAAUCCAGCUGGGCCUCAGGAGUGUCCUGUCCAUACUUAUCGAGGUCUUCCUGGGGCAGAAAGAGUUGGAGACUGCCAGCCCUGUCCUCCUGGGUAUUACUGCAGAAUUCCAGGUAUUAUUUUCUAUGAAGACUUUACAUGCCCUCCAGGGCACUGGUGCCCAGGUCUGAGUGAUCCGCUGACCUGCCCUGCUGGUACGUUUAGGACUGAACCGGGUGCUGCAUCUAUUGAAGACUGCCAAGAUUGCUCGGUAGGAUAUCACUGCCCUGACCCAGCUGUGACAAUGGCAGCCAACAUCCAUGGAAUCCCCUGCAGACUUGGCUAUGAGUGCCCACCUGGAUCAGUGAGUGAAACUAUAUGCAGAGCGGGAGCAUACUGUCCGCCUCGCACAGGAAGUCCUCCUCGGUGUCCUGGUGGCUACUUCUGUCCUGAGGGCUCUUCUACCUAUAACACCAGUGCACAGAUCUGCCUGUUCCCAUAUUACUGCACCCCUGGCAGUUCCCGUAGGACUCCUUGUGCUGGGGGCUAUCGAGCUGUUCAAACGUCAUCCCUCCGGGAUUCUGCAGAGGCAUCAUGUAGAAAAUGUGAAGCUGGAACCUAUCGCAACAGCAGUGCCACCGAUGCCUCCUGCCAGCCCUGUCCAGCCGGAUACAGCUGCCCACCAGGCGUUGAGAGCUACCUGUCAUACCCCUGUCUGGCUGGCCACUACUGCCCUUCCAGUACCAUACUGCCCAUUCCCUGCCCACCUGGCACUUUUGGCAACAGCACACAGGCAAUAGAGCCAACUGACUGUCACCCAUGCCCAGCUGGCACCUACAACCACUUACCUGCUCAGGUGUCAUGCUUUGUGUGCGGAAGUGCCUCCUAUUCUGAAUCAGGCGCCCAGAGCUGUGUGUGCCAGGGGCGGAAUCGUGCGUUCCAAGAAUCAGACGGAUCUUGUAUCUGCCAGGCCGGGUUCGUGUUUUAUGAUAACCGCCAACAACAGAGAUCAGACAGUAGCAGUGAUCAGGAUUGCCAACCACAGGUGGAGGAACGCUGUUCUGCGGUUGAAGUGCGCCUGGCAGCCACGCGGAAGUGUGUUUCUGCAGAGCAAUAUGACUGCACCCCGUUCUGCGGCCCGCUGGAGGGAGAACUCAUCGCUGAACUUGGAAUGUGUCGCUGUGCACAGUACAUCUCUGCAGAGGAACUCUGUGACCAGUUCUGUCUGAUAAAGGCGCCCAAGAUAUCCAUGAGUAUUGGCUCCAAUGGGCAGUUUCUCCUGCAGAUUGAGGAUUCGGAGAGGAGGAGGAGUAGAAAACUGGAGGUGCUGAAUGUUCUGGGUCCAGAUCACAUCAGGAACAGUGAGCGAGUGCAGCUUGUAGUCUUUGCCUCCACUGGAAUAUUUGGUGUAAUAGUUUCCAGUUCCCAGGUCAUUGAGGCAUUUCUUACAGGGGACUCUUGGUCAGUGCCAACACCAAGAAAAUCUAAAGAGCGGGAACAGAUUGUGACAUCAGUGCACUCGGGAUCUCUUCCCAGAAUACCCAACCCCAUUUUGUGUUUCAAUGAGGGGGACCUGGUUCUAUUCCAACUAAGCAUUUUACCCAACGAACGGGCAUCCAGCCAUUAUCCCAUAUAUCAGAAAGAUCAUUUGUUUAAUUCCAACCCGCACUGGGACUUCGGAGCCUUUCGGAGACUGGACUAUCUUAUCAGAGAGACCAACGUGAACAUUUCUAGGUUUGCUCAUGUGUUUACAACCCCUGGUGCAUACGUAUUCCAAGAUAACGGGAUUAGGGAACGCUCUCUGUUUAUUACUGUGAAGGGCAGAAAUGUUCAUUGUGACCCCGCGGCUUCCCACAUCCAGCCUUCUUCCCCCUAUCAACUUACCAAAAACGGCUUUGUUCCCCAACAGAAACUGAAUCUGGCCCCCAACUGGGGGGCUAUUGUAGGGGUUUUGUUGCUGCUCUUCAUAGUAAUGAUUGUUCUGCUCAUCAUAACUUUGCUGCUGAGACCCUCAUUGCACAAGGUCAGCCCCAUGAAAAACUGGAAGCCCAGAUGGAGGAGUCUGGGAGAACCGUACAUCCCUCCAGAAUAUGUACUGACACAAGACAGUCUGCAGUUUUAUGAAACGGUGGGCUGUCAUGGUUCUGGAGAGGUGUUUGAUAUUGGAAAGAAGGAAAUCACCUACGGAUUAGAUGAGAGGAACACAAAACGAGUCCUAGAGGAUUUCAGUGUAAGAACGUUAUUUGACAAACUGGAGGACCAAACUCUUCACUUAACAUCUCAACUUGGGAGACAUCGGAAUGAGACCCUCUCCUUCUACAAGGCUUUCAUUCAAAGGAUUCAGCUACUUAAGGACAUGAUACAGAACCUGGAGCUUGGUAGCAGCAAAAACUUUGAAUGGAGAAAAGUCCCCUUAGAUGGAGAAUUGGAGAGUGUGAGGACAAACAUCACGUCACAGCAGAGUGAAGGCUCAGCGAGAACUAUGACCCGUGAUUCCCACACAGAUCACAUACAAGGAGAAUUUCUGCAAGAAGCCACUGCCCUUAUGAAAGCCCUAAAACUCGCACUAAUGAAAACUAGCACAGAGCUCACAGUAAAGAAAAUGGGGACAGAAAAGAAGCAGCAACACAAGGGUGUGAUAGACACAAGCGAACGCAGUGCGGACAGGCUCCAAGAUCAGAACCAGACCAAGAAGAACCCAUAUGAAGGCAUCAUAAAUGGGAACUUAUCAAUGCUCUCAAUGGAAGGAUUACAUUUGCAGCCAUUGCAGUUUAUGACAGCGCUGUACAGGGAAGAUAAUCUAAGGAGGCUAAUAUCAGCCAGUCCCCUAACCAAGACCCUGGAGGAGAUCAAGGAAGCCCUUAAAGCACAGGCUCAAGAGAAAGAAAUGAAGAAAACUGCUAACUUAGCCACCACUGGUGACCUUGUUCCCAUGAACAUAGGCCAGCUCUCUCCACGUCAGAUGGUUAUUUACCAGUUUGGCUCAGCGAUCCUCCAUUUUGCAUGUGACAGUUGCUCCCAGAAUUCUCUUCUGCUUCUUAUAGCUCAGGAUAUCCCCAGAGUCCAGAGCUCUGUGUGGGGGAAGGAGGCUCUGCGACUAGGAGAAUCCUAUUAUGACACAGAAAACAACAUAUUGUUUGUACCGAAAACAUCCCUGGAACAUGCAGGAGAGCUUGCAGUGUGCAUCAUACAUGCAGUUGCACAAAUCAAAGCAGGCCAGCAGCAAUUGCCAGUUAAUUGUGACUAUCUACAUUGUAUGAACAGAGCUGUUAUGGAGAUAUGCCAAACAUUCUUCCGCUGUUGGGGUACACAGAGCACAACAUUAAUGGAUAAACAUGAAAGGGACCCUGAAGUGAGAUCGCUGGUCCAAGACCUCCUGUUCAUACACAAACCACCAGACCAGUAUCACCUGUUGAAAAGAUGCGAUCCGAAUAACAGAAUGAAACUGUGGAAAGAAUUUGGGAGCACGCUUGGCAAGAACACAGAUCGUGAGAGAGGGAAGCACAGAGAAGAUGAUUCGGACAGAACUGUUCUUCAGCAGGAGGAAACUCUGGAUGGUCUCAAUGAAGAAUUCCUCCAGUUGGUAUCUCAGGCUUUACAAAACAAGAAAGAGAAGAAGGAGCUGACCAAUGAACUGCAGUCUGCUAAAGACCCAUCUGUGUUACACAGACUGUCAGAGAAGACACAUAUGGGAGUCAUGCUUGAGAUAAAGAGACGCUGCACUGAGGAGAAGAUCCGCUCUGCAGAAUCUGGCCUCCUUUAUCUCCAGGAACCAAACACCACGUCCUCCUCACCUUCACCUGUAUCAUGUGAAGCCCCCGAGCCUGCACCCCCCGAGAUCUGAUACAGAGGACGUGCUUUGCUGUGAUGUAUGUGAGCCGACAUGAAGAGGCUCGUGUUUUCUGGCACAUCAGUCUUUUCAUGGAUCUACGUGUACAAUACAACUUCUAGAAAAACACCAAUAUAUAUAGCAGGGUGUGGUGUAGAUUAUGGCCAGGUGGGCCAAAUAGAACCAGAACUGUUCACACUGUGAAGUAUGAAGGUUUACUCGGAGCUGGAAGGUCUUCUUUUCCAUCAUAAACCCAAAGGGGGCUAUUUUUGAUUU